UCGUCGGCGACCUGGGGUUUCGAACCGGACAGCUUACGAGACCAGUCAAUUUUCUAAUCAACUCGUUGCUGAUUCAUCAAGUGUUGGAGUCGGAGCUAGAAUACUACUAGUAAUUGCUGCAUACAUUGGGCUCCGAGUCAGCAUCGCGCAUUGUGCAAUCGCAAGGCCGAGGUUUCUGCGCGCCAUCGGAUUUGUCACCCUGUCCGUAUCUGUAUAAUAACCCCUCCAACCCCGCGGCUCCUUCUCCGUUCGUCAACAAGACGAUACCUAUUUCCAUGCAACCACUUUCUGUACUAGCUAGACGCUCCCUGCUCUCGUCUAGACCUGCCGCAGGCCGCAUCAGCAACAUCUCCCGCCACUUUUCCCACACAUCACUCACCAUGGCGCCGAUUUCGAAGGAGACGGAUUUCCUCGUGAUAGGAGGCGGCAGCGGAGGACUCGGCGCCGCCCGCGCGGCCAGCUCCAGGUACGGGGCCAGGGCGAUGGUCAUUGAGGGCAAGCGGCUGGGAGGGACAUGUGUUAACGUCGGCUGUGUUCCAAAGAAGGUCACCUUCAACGCCGCCUUGAUCGCCGAGACGAUCCACGAAGCCAAGUCAUACGGCUUCAGCGUCCAAGAGACAGCCCCGUUCGACUGGACUAGCUUCAAGAAAAAGCGAGACGCCUACAUCCUGCGGCUCAACGGCAUCUACGAGCGCAAUCUCGCCAACGACAAGGUCGAGUACGUGCAUGGCUGGGCGAAGCUGUUGUCUCGUAACCAGGUCGAGGUGACGCUCGACGACGGCACUAAGACGGUGGUCAACGCCAAGAGAAUACUGCUCGCUGUUGGUGGCAACCCGACUAUUCCACCACAAAUUCCAGGGUCUGAGCUCGGCACAAACAGCGACGGCUUCUUCGACAUCGACAAGCUACCAAAGAAGGUGGCGCUUGUUGGCGCCGGCUACAUCGCUGUUGAAUUUGCGGGCAUGUUCAACGCGCUUGGCGUCGAGACGCAUCUGUUUAUCCGGCAUGACACCUUCCUGCGCGCGUUUGACCCGAUGAUCCAGGAGGGCGUGACGAAGGAGUACGAGAGGCUGGGCGUCAAGCUGCACAAGCGGAGCGCGGUGCAGAAGGUGGAGAAGGACGAGAAGACAGGCAAUCUCUCGAUCCACUACAAGGAGGGCGACAGUGAGGGCGUCGUUUCGGAUGUGAACCACCUCAUCUGGGCGAUCGGCCGGACCCCUGCGACGAAGGGUAUCGGGUUGGAAGACGCUGGCGUCAAGCUCAACGAGAAGGGCUAUGUCGUGGUGGAUGACUACCAAAACACGAGCGUCGACAACAUCUACGCUCUGGGCGACGUGACCGGGCAGGUUGAGCUCACGCCGGUGGCGAUUGCCGCGGGCCGGAAGCUGGCCGCGCGGUUGUACGGGCCGGAGCAGUUCAGGACGGCAAAGCUCGACUACAACUUCAUCCCGUCGGUCGUGUUUGCACACCCCGAGGUAGGCUCGGUUGGCUUGACGGAGCCACAAGCGGUCGAGAAGUAUGGGCGCGAGAACCUGAAGAUCUACAAGACGAAUUUCACUGCCAUGUACUACGCCAUGAUGGACCCUGAGCAGAAGGGCCCUACCAGCUACAAGCUGAUCUGCGCCGGUCCGGAGGAGAAGGUGGUGGGCCUGCACAUCAUGGGUCUGGGCAGCGGCGAGAUGCUACAGGGCUUUGGCGUUGCCGUCAAGAUGGGCGCCACGAAGGCCGAUUUUGACAACUGUGUGGCCAUCCACCCGACGAGCGCCGAGGAGCUGGUGACGAUGAGGUAGACUUGGGGAAUGUGAUACCAGAACCUUAGAAUAAUCGAACAGAUUUUGUGUAAUAUCUAUGUGCCUUCUUAUGCCCCGGGUUCCGUCUCGCAGCUUGCAUUGAGAUAUAAGUCAGUGGUGAAGAUAUGGACACCAGAGGGGUGAGUUUGAUGUUGUACAAUACAGGAUAGUGCCAGCUCGGCAGCGUACGCGAGCGUUUUCAGUACCACAUACAUAUCGGCUCAAAAUCUAGGAUAAGCUCAAGAUUAUACUCCGGUUCGAUCCUUUC